ACCUACACAACCACUGCCUUCCCCACCUUCGUAUGCCAGGGCGGUUGCCCCUCAAGCCCCUCCACACAUCCGUCCUCGUUCGAAUACUUUUUCCACAAUCACCGCUUGGGUAGCCCACGUUCAGCCUGGAUCCCCUGCAUCUCUUUCUCCGCGUUCUCCGCGUCGCCGUCCUUCGAUCGGCUGCGGUCGCAGAGCAUCCAUUACGUCCGUCCGCGUCUCACCAGGCUCCUUAAUCGCUUUAGACACCCAUCGCAACGCCGCAACCCCCUCGAUACAGAAUUUUAAAGCUGACCUCACGUCCGUCGGCUAUAAUUCCGUCUUUUUGCAGUUCCCUAAGACUCCUAUCACUGCGACACUUCCUAUCGCGGUCAAGCCUGUACCUGCAUCACCGACGCGCAAGCCUCGCGGGCUUACACGCUUACGCUCCUUGUCCGCACUCAAGUCCCGCGGCAGGUCCAAGUCCGCGGCGCCCUCGUCUCCCACAAAGAUGAAAGCCAAGGCGGCAGCGUCAUCUGCUGCUGUGGUUAAACGCAAGAAGGCAAAAUACGCUGGCGUGCGCCCUGCGCCUCUUGCCAACGAGCUCGCACUUAUGCAGUUUCGUGUCAUGGAGGCUCAGGCCAAAGCCAGCGCUGCCGGCGUUGGAGAUGUCUACCGCGAUGGCGAAGGUGGUAUCUGGUGGGAUCAGGAUGAGGAGUGGGAGUACGCCCAUCUCCUCGCGGAUGGUGCCGUGAGCGGCACCAUGGGUGACCUUCAGUGGGUUACUUUUGGCGGCGACAAAUCGGCCUCUGCUAACCCUGACGUCGACGAAGAUCGUCGCGGCAGCGUUUCAACCCAAGACUCUGACUUGGAUCCGCGCUACAUCGUCCAGCCCACUGACCAUCUUGACACGGAUGAUCUCGCUGUCUUCGGAAGCGCUCUCACUCCCCUCGCUACUCGCAAGCCAGCAAUCACCCUCCGCAAACCCGACUACCUUUUGAACGUGGCGUUCACCAGGGGUUCUGCAUCCCCAAAGAGCCCCAAGUUUGCGCUGUCGGCGUGUGCAAGUGGUGUUGCUAAGCCCAAGGGCAAGGCGCGCAGACGCCCUACGCCACUGACGCUCACCCCUCCCAGCCCUGCACUGAAGCGGCCGUCGAACUCUCCCGUGGAUGCUGAGCGCACCCGCAAGGACUUCUUUGAGUCUUCGUUCGAGCCUGCGGUUCCUGCUACCCCAGUUGCUCCAGCCAUGUCCAGGUACAAUUGUGGCGAACUCGCCACGCGCCUCGACCUCUUCUUGCAGCCCAACAGCAGCAGCUCGCUCAGUCUUCCUUCCAAGAAGACUCUCGCAAAGAAGCCGGCGAGGCUCAACAUGAUGGGCCUCUUCAAGUCCUCCAAAAAGUAGGAGGCGAAAUACACAGUCCAUUCAUUCAUUUUCUUCGUUUUCCCUGUCUAUUCAACGUAAAUUCGAACGCUUAUUAACGCUGGUCUUGUUGUAUCUUGCUGUUCGUUUUUGUUACGAUUUUGUAGCACUAGUGGUUAUAUGGAUAGAUCUGUAGAGGAAUCAUGAUAGUCAAUCUUGCUUGCUGUCUUGUAUACGUAUAAAUAUCUUACCCGUCGCACGUAAUCCG